CGGACCCGGACCCGGGGCCGCAGCCGCCGCCGCCGCCGCCGUCUGGGGACGGGCCGGGGAGCAGGAGGAGGAGCGGCGUCCCCACGGCCACCCUGGUGCAAGCCCGCGGUGCGGCCCUGCUCGCCACCGCUCGUCGCCGCCAUGAGCGCCGGGCAAGCCGCGGGGGAGGAGGCGGACGCCGCCGCCGCUUCGCCGACACUUCCCAGGGUGCUCUCGGCGCUCUUCUACGGGACGUGCUCUUUCCUCAUCGUGCUGGUCAACAAGGCGCUCCUCAGCGCCUACAGCUUCCCAUCACCAAUGUUUCUUGGAAUUGGACAGAUGGCAGCCACUAUACUUAUCUUGUAUGUGUCAAAACUAAAUAAGAUUGUUCACUUCCCUGAUUUUGACAAAAGUAUACCUGUGAAGUUAUUUCCUCUGCCUCUGAUUUAUGUUGGAAACAACUUAAGUGGAUUAUCAAGUACCAGCAAACUCAGUUUGCCGAUGUUUACAGUGCUCAGGAAGUUUGCCAUUCCACUUACUUUACUGCUGGAAAUCAUCAUACUUGGGAAACGGUACCCACUGAAUAUUAUAGUCAGCGUAUUUGCCAUCAUUCUUGGGGCUUUCAUAGCCGCUGGGUCUGAUCUGUCUUUCAAUCUGGAGGGCUAUAUGUUUGUGUUGCUAAAUGAUAUCUUCACAGCAGCAAAUGGAGUUUAUACAAAGCAGAAAAUUGAUCCAAAGGAGCUGGGAAAAUAUGGUGUCCUGUUUUAUAAUGCUUGUUUCAUGGUGAUUCCAACAGUUAUUAUUAGCUUUUCUACUGGAGAUUUUCAGCAGGCAACACAUUUCCAGCACUGGACAAAUGUUUUAUUUGUCUUUCAAUUUAUUCUUUCCUGCUUGUUGGGGUUUCUCUUGAUGUAUUCUACUGUCCUGUGCAGUCAUUACAAUUCUGCACUCACAACAACAGUAGUUGGUGCAAUCAAGAAUAUAUCCGUUGCUUACAUCGGAAUGUUGAUUGGUGGAGAUUACAUAUUCUCCAUGUUAAACUUUGUAGGGCUAAAUAUUUGCAUGGCAGGAGGACUGAGUUACUCAUUUUUAACAUUAAGAGGAAACAGCAAGCCUGCACAACCUGGGGAUGAAGAGAAUGCACUCACAGUGUCAAAGACUUAGACAAAAUGCCUGCCUUGAAAGAGACUGAAGAUACAAGUUGGUUUAGCAUUGCCAAGACCUUAAAUAAGUAUAUGCUGGAACAUAUUUGGAGCAACAACAAAAAAAAUCUACCUCAGUUUUCACAGAUUCACACAAUUCACUGGCUCAGAAAUAUUCUUGCGCACCAUUUUUUUUUACAUGCAAGCUAGUUUGAUUUUAGCCUUUUCUUCUUAAUCUGAAAGCCAUUUUGUAGGAAGGAAUGCUAUGAGCCAGUCUUAAGUUGUAAAUUUCUGCAUUUACCUGUACUUGGUGCUAUUUCAACAAGAUCUUUGAGCUUUGUUUCAGUGGCUGCCUGUAGUCUCUUCAGGCAAAAUUCCCUGUAAAGAUCAUGAGGCUUGAUUCACCAUUGCCUUAUGCCAUAUGCAAACCUAGAUAUCACUGAGGAGAUGAAAGAUCCUAGUGGUUCAGAUUGAUUUCACACAUACAUGUGCUCUUGAGUAAGUGAUUAGAAAGUAUGGAGCAAAGAGGGUAUUUGCCCCCAGAUUGUUCCCUGUGUAAGUGUCAACUAAAAAAUUCAGGCUAUGUCCGUGUAUGUACGUUGUGUAGGCAUUCUGUCUCUGUGUUUUUCUCAUCCUCAAUCACACUAUGGUGUUCUGCAGAAAUUGUCACUGUUGUUAUAAAUGAACCCUCAUAACUUUGCAGCAGAUCAAGGAGAGUAGGGAAAUGACAGGGGAUAUUUUAAUAUUUGAAGAUUCUGUGUGUGUGUGUGUGUCUGUGAGCCAGUACUGAAAAAUCUAUUUUUGUUAAGGUACAUUUUUCUUUUUAUAUCACAUUCCCCUCCUCUCACCUUUUAUCUGCAACCACCUUGCUGCAGACAAGUGGUGCUACUAUGUACAAACAUAGUAGGAAAGAGAAACAUACAUAUGUGGAAGACUGACUUGUGUUUAAAUAAGGAGAAAUGCUAGUGUCCUGUUGUGUCUUAUAUGUACAGUAAAAGCUUAUCUGGUACUCAUUUAUGCUUUCUGUUCUAAGCAAGGAAUCAUAAUGAGCCUGGGGAUGACUACAGUAGGCUCAGCAGGUACAGUGGUUAAGAGGCCCACACUGAUGGUCUGAUUGAUCAUCUGGGACAAUAACACCCUUAUCUAUAUUUCAAUAACACCUGUAUCUGUAUUUCCUUCCUUGAAAAUACUUGACAAUGCUUACCUGUUUCUCUGAGGUUAAACUGUUAACCUUUGAAAAUGUCAUAGGCACAUUGAAGUGCUGGAAGACAGCAGAGAAAUUAAUCUUGUUGAAAUUCUCAAUUCCCUGUGAGCAUGAGCCAAAAUUUUUGAAAAUAAUCAAAUCAAAAGAAGAUUUGGAAAGACUUUGACAUGGAAUCAGGGUGGUCUAAUGACUUGUUUGAUCACUUCAAUUAAAAUACAGCUAAUCUGAAAAUACAGAAAAUCAGAAAACAUUACUCUGUGUGUAGUGCAUCAAUGACCAGUCUGAAUUAGAUCUAAGAAACAUGUGGGUAAUGCCAGAAAUUCAGGGAGUGACUGCCUGCAUGGAUUUGAAUGGCAAGAGGAGCAGUGACUGCAGAUACUAGAAGCGGCAUUUAAAGACAUGGUCAAAGUGAAAAGAGAAAUCUGAACUAUCAAUUUUCUCACAGCUGGCAAAGAAUGUGACUUUCAUUUUCUAUCUGUUGAAGACCUGUGGAGGGAAAGCAUUGCUGGAAAUAUUUUUCCAUGAUCAUCUGCUUUUAGAUGCUUAGGAACCUUCAAUAUUUUUGAGUGUAUUCUUUUAUAAGGCUUCUCUUUCUUCAGAACAUCUCUACCUCCACAAUUUCAAUUACUGAACCUUAACUCUCUUCUAUGAGACAAGGAAUUGGAAAGUUUUCAUGUAUUGUGAAAUUAGUAUGAGUGACAUUUGAUUGCAAUA